AUGGGUGGCAUUUGUGGUUCACGUAUCAUCAUGCAGCCCAAUUCCACGCCAGGAGUGACAGUUGCUCUGUCGAUUCGCAUCACCUGCAAACCAUGUGAAAUUGGUGCCGAUAUUCGUCCAUACAACCGUGCCAAAAGGAUGGUUACAAUGGGAGGGCUUAGAUCAGGUUCGGGCGAGGAGUCUCCCAAACCACAUACCCCCACAUACAGACGUUUUAAGCAGUUUUCAGCUUUGGAGUGGGAGAGGGGGAGGCGGGUGGAGGUUGGUGGUAGUCGAAAAAUUAACUGGCGUCAGAUCGUGGUAAAAAAAGACAUUGCCGACGGAGGAAAUCAAAGUGGCGCCAUUCCUGAGAUGGCGAAGGAGAAAUUUUGUUGUGCCAGAAAGAAGAGUGAUGCAGAGCAAGCUGAAGAGAUUGAGUGA